GCGCGGCGCCGGGGGCAGAGUGCGGGCGCGGUGGAGCUCGCCGUCACCUGUUCGACCUGCCAGAGGACCAGACCACUACGGCUCCCGAUCCGGCAGUCUCUGGAAGAUUUAAGCUUUGCUGAAUCCCGUGUGGGCAAACCAGCCUCUGAGGCCAGGACCGUCCUGCGGAUGGCUGAGAGUCCUCUUGGGCCUGGCGACUGCGAAAAGAUUUCAUCACCAGGAGGUUUUGGGGGACAUUACCAACCCACUUGUUUUCGUGGCUGCCUGCAGGUGAUGAUGGCUGCGUGAGCAUCCGCCAUGGCCAACCGAAAGCGUCAGAGCACGGUGAGCAGCAUGCUGGACCACAGGGUGAGGCCUGGCCCCGUCCCCCAUGGCCAGGAGCCUGAGAGCGAGGACGCAGAGCUGCCCCUGGCAGAGUAUGUGCCCAAGGGCCUGGAGCUGUCCACCUUGCAACCCGAGAGCCCCACACCCCCAGACCAGGGGUGCCACGACCACAGCCCCGAUGGGGACUCCAGCUCCGACUAUGUGAACAACACCUCUGAGGAGGAGGAUUAUGAUGAGGGCCUCCCCGAGGAGGAGGAGGGCAUCACCUACUAUAUCCGCUACUGCCCCGAGGAUGACAGCUACCUGGAGGGCAUGGACUGCAACGGGGAGGGGUACCUGGCCCAUGGCACACGCCACCUGGAGACGGAUGAGUGCCAGGAGGCCGUGGAGGAGUGGACGGACUCAGCAGGCCCCCAUCCGCAUGGCCACGGGGACGAAGGCAGCCCGGACUACCGGGACGGCCACCUCCCCAUCCCGGAGGACGAGGCCUCCGUCCUGGAGGCCCAGGACCAGGAAGAAGGUGUCCACUACUGUCCCAGUGAAGAGGGCUACCAGGACUACUACCCCGCGGAGGCCAAUGGGAACACGGGCACUGCCUCCCCCUAUCACCCGCGGCGUGGGGACGGGGACCUGGAGGACCAGGAGGAGGACAUCGACCAGAUCGUGGCUGAGAUCAAGAUGAGUCUGAGCAUGACCAGCAUCACCAGCACCGGUGAGGCCAGCCCUGAACACGCGCUGGUGCGGGGACCCGAGCCGGGGCCCGGGGACUCCACGGAGGCCUGCCCACCCAGUGAGGCCAGCCACGGCCCUAGCAGACAUGAGGGAAGGCCCAAAUCGCUGAACCUCCCUCCUGAGGCCAAGCACUCCGGAGACCCCCAGAGAGGCUUCAAGACCAAGUCCAGAACUCCAGAGGAGAGGCCAAAGUGGCCCCAAGAGCAGGUUUGCAAUGGCUUGGAGCAGCCAAGGAAGCAGCAGCGUUCUGAUCUCAAUGGACCCGUGGACAAUAACAACAUCCCAGAGACAAAGAAGGUGGCAUCAUUUCCAAGUUUUGUGGCUGUUCCAGGGCCCUGCGAACCAGAAGACCUCAUUGAUGGGAUCAUCUUUGCUGCCAACUACCUGGGGUCCACCCAGCUGCUCUCAGAACGUAACCCUUCCAAAAACAUCAGAAUGAUGCAGGCACAGGAGGCCGUCAGCCGGGUCAAGAGGAUGCAAAAGGCUGCUAAAAUCAAGAAAAAAGCGAAUUCGGAGGGGGAUGCCCAGACUCUGACCGAAGUGGAUCUCUUCAUCUCCACCCAGAGGAUCAAGGUGUUAAAUGCGGACACACAGGAAACCAUGAUGGACCAUGCCUUGCGCACCAUCUCCUAUAUCGCAGACAUUGGGAACAUCGUGGUGCUGAUGGCCAGGCGCCGCAUGCCCCGGUCAGCCUCUCAGGACUGCAUUGAGACCACCCCCGGGGCCCAGGAGGGGAAGAAGCAGUACAAGAUGAUUUGCCACGUGUUCGAGUCCGAGGACGCCCAGCUGAUCGCACAGUCCAUCGGCCAGGCCUUUAGUGUGGCCUACCAGGAGUUCCUGCGGGCUAACGGCAUCAACCCAGAAGACCUGAGCCAGAAAGAGUACAGCGACAUCAUCAACACCCAGGAGAUGUACAACGAUGAUCUCAUCCACUUCUCGAACUCAGAGAACCGCAAGGAGCUGCAGCUGGAGAAGCACAAGGGGGAGAUCCUGGGCGUGGUGGUGGUGGAGUCAGGCUGGGGCUCCAUCCUGCCUACAGUGAUCCUGGCGAACAUGAUGAAUGGCGGCCCAGCCGCCCGCUCAGGGAAGCUGAGCAUCGGGGACCAGAUCAUGUCCAUCAACGGCACCAGUCUGGUGGGGCUGCCCCUCGCCACCUGCCAGGGCAUCAUCAAGGGUCUAAAGAACCAGACGCAGGUGAAACUCAACAUCGUCAGCUGUCCGCCAGUCACCACGGUCCUCAUCAAGCGGCCUGACCUCAAGUACCAGCUGGGCUUCAGUGUGCAGAACGGGAUCAUCUGCAGCCUCAUGAGAGGGGGCAUCGCAGAGCGAGGAGGCGUCCGAGUCGGCCACCGCAUCAUUGAGAUCAACGGGCAGAGUGUGGUGGCCACAGCCCAUGAGAAGAUAGUCCAGGCUCUUUCUAACUCAGUUGGAGAGAUCCACAUGAAGACCAUGCCUGCGGCUAUGUUCAGGCUCCUCACGGGCCAGGAGACCCCGUUGUACAUCUAGGCCCACCCAGCCUGCACCGCCCAGCCCACCUGGGUUCAGAGGAGCUGGAAGGCUGGACCCAGGACUUGACCCCUGACCCCACAGCCCACCCAAGGACACUGGCUUCUCUGAAGGGUGUGCCCUCACGACCCACUUCUUUUUUUUUUUUUUUUGGACAAAAAGGGGUAUCUUUUCAUCCAAGGAGAGUCACAGGAACCAAUCUGUGUAGAACAGUCAAGUGUUUUGCCACAUUCUGACCCGUUUCCUCACUGCGACGGACAAGGGUGUUUGUCUGUAGCUCUGUGUGGUGUGGAGUGUGUCUUUCCUCCCUGAAGCCAUGGAGAGCGGACGUGGGCGCUUGCGGACACGGCCCUGGAGGGGCCCCGCGAGGACAGCAAGCUCUGGGGGGCCAGUGGCCGUCCCUUCUGCCCCCCCCCAUCUGGGGGCCCGGGGUGCCUCAGGGGAGGGCACCCUGACAGUCCCGAACAGCCCCGAAUGGGCCGAUUCUGCCGCUGCGGCCGGCUCUCGGGGUGUGACUUGUAAGUGACGUCUGGGAACAUGUGAUUGUAUUUAAAGAGGAGGGAGACGUUCCUGAGUUAAAUAAAAGAUGAUGGCUACAACACAGAAACUCCAUAUUUAUUUAGAUAAUCUCACGGUUUUGACUUUUACUUUGACAAGCCAUUCUUCAGACUCCAGGGUUUUCAGAUGACCUGUCACCACGCCUGCCACUCCUGUCCUCCCCUCGAGGCCACCCCUUCCCCCUCAGACCCCACCUGCCGGGACACACUGGCUCCUUCUCCCAGGGACGGGGGGCACAGCUUCUGCCCUCUAUUUAAAAAUCUCUGUCUACACACACGCAUUCACACACGAGCUCCCUCCCCCAACCCCCAAAACCAAAACCAUCCUGGGAAUCUCGGCCCUUCCAGGGGCAGCCAGCGGUGAGCGCAGAUCACUGGGCGAGCCAGGCGUCACCGUGAGAAGUAUUACAGCGUGUGUAAAUACGGUGAAACGUAGUCUAGUUCAGUUCCUUCGAGGUCAAUGUUAACCGACGUCAUUUUGUCUGGAAGUCUCUUUUUUUGGCCCAGGCCUUGAAGAAUACACUGUGACUUAAGAAGCCUUACCAUGCAGUAACUAAAGCUUUAGGAUUACUGUAUUCAAGGAGUGACCUGUGUGUUGCAUGCAGCCGACCUUAGGAAGACUCGCUAAUAUCACUAAUAAACUGAAGUCAUAAUAAAAAA